AUGUUCAAACAAAUUCUUCUCCUCAGCGCAAUCGUCGCCGGUGUUUUAGCCAAACCAUAUGCAACUUCCUAUGCAUCCAUGACUCAAUACCAUGAUGAUCACCAUGUUGAUCAUCACUAUGACCAUCACGAUUACGACGAGCAUCAUGAUGACAUCCAUGAAGUAAAUCACUACCCUCUUUAUGCCCCAGUAUAUUCAAGCUACAACGACAACGAUGAACACUAUGAUCAUCAUGAUGACCACCAUGAAUACUAUCAUCAUCCACAAUAUGCAUUCAAGUAUGGCGUUGAAGACUACCACACUCAUGACAUUAAAUCUCAGGAGGAACAUCGUGAUGGUGAUGUAGUCAAAGGUCAUUACAAGUUGGUUCAACCCGAUGGUCGUAUCCGCGUUGUUCACUACACCGCUGAUAAACACAAUGGUUUCAACGCAGACGUGCAAUAUUUGGGACAUGCGGAACACCCUACUUACCACAAAUACUACUAG